ACUGUACGACGCUUCCUGUAAAUUUCAUCGCAACGCGUGGAAUUGUUUUCGCAAUGCGAGGGAGAACAUGGAUGCGAUCAACUCUUGGGUAUGGAUUCCUGAAGGUUAUGGUGGGUCGCCGCUGCCGCGGAUCGACCCUGCCGCCUUUCUUCAUGCAAUGAAGGGGCGGCGCAUUGGGUUCGUUGGAGAUUCACUAAAUGAGAAUUUUAUCGUGGCGUUCCUUUGUGUGCUGAGUUCGGCUGACCCAGGUGCGCGGAAGUGGAAGAGGAAAGGGGCGUGGAGGGGUGGCUACUUCCCCAAGUUUGAUUUCACUCUGGCUUACCACCGGGCUGUGCUGCUUGCUAAGUACAUUACAUAUUGCAAGGGCAUGAGUUAUGUAAUUCUGGGUGUGAAGAUAUUGUUUUAUUGUGCCAUAUUCUCCUGUGGAGCAGUUGGAUCUUCCGAGCAGAGAUAGUUUGAAGGGAUUUUACAAGGUGGACGUCGAUAUUCCAGCUGAUGAUUGGGCGAAUAUAACCCAGUUCUAUGAUGUCUUAAU